AUAAAAAAAUAAAUAUUAAAAAAAUAAAAGACAGAAACAGAAGAGACACGCAAACAUAUCCAUUAGUCACAGGGGUUGUUCUCGCAGCAGUUCUUAUUACCAGAAAGGAAAUAAAGUCGUAACCUUUGUGUUAAAAGGAUAAGAAGGGUUUAUAGUAAGAGAGACAGAGUCUGUUUUGUCAGGUUGAAGAGAGAAGAAGAUGGAGAACACAGACGAGCUCGUGUCUAUUGAGCUUCCAGCUCCUGCUUCAUGGAAGAAACUGUUUUAUCCGAAAAGAGCAGGUACACCGAGGAAGACAGAGAUUGUGUUCAUGGCUCCAACGGGUGAGGAGAUUAGCUCACGCAAGCAGCUUGAGCAGUACCUCAAGGCCCAUCCUGGGAACCCUGUCAUCUCUGAGUUUGACUGGACAACUGGUGAAACUCCAAGGCGGUCUUCUAGGAUCAGCCAGAAGGUGAAGGCUACAACGCCAACUCCUGAGAGAGAGCCUCACAUGAAGAAAAGAAGAUCUUCUCUCACUAAGAAGGACUUGAAAGAGGCUGCUGAGAAGGAGAACAAGAAGGAGGGUGAGAAGGAGGGUGGAGCAGAAGUGGCAGAGGCUGAGAACGAGAACAAGGAGGGUGAAAAGACUGAGGCUGAAAACAAGGAGGGUGAAAAGAUUGAGGCUGAAAACAAGGAGGGGGAAGUUGUGACAGACAAGAAAGAGCCCAUGGAAGUUGAUACCUCUGAGGUGGAGAAGAAGAGUGAGGAGGAGAACAAGGAGGGAGAAGCUGUGACCGACAAGAAAGAGCCCAUGGAGGUGGAUGCCUCUGAGGUUGAGAAGAAGACUGAGAGUGGAGGAAUAGCUGAAGAACCUCCCAAGGUUGAAGAAUCACAGGAAGUUGUUGUUGCUGUUGCUGAUGGGGAGAAUAAGCCUGCAGAGAAAGAGACUGAGAACAAGGCAGAAGCAAACGGAGAAAAGAAUGAGCCUAACCUUGAUGCCGAAGGUAAUAAGGGAAACGAAACCAAAGAAGCUGAGGAGAAGAAGACAGGUGGUGAGCCUAACCUUGACGCUGAAGUUAACAAGGGGAAUGGAGUACAAGAAGCUGAGGAGAAGAAGGCAGAAGCUGCAGCCGCUGUAUCCGAGGAGAAGAGUAACGACGUGAAGGGGGAAGACACGAACAGAAGCGGAGAGGCGAAUCAAGUUCAGCAGCAACAGGGUGCUGCUGCGGCGUCCGUGAGCUGUUAAAAGACCUGUAGAGGGAGCACAGGUGGUGUAAGAGUGUUGUUGUUGUUUUCUGAUUUCAGGUGUAGUAGCAUUGACAUUAUGAGUGGUUUGUUGUUGUAUGUGCUUGUAGAAGAACUAAUACGUCUCUGUAGUUCAGUUCAUAAUUAUCAUUAGACUCGUGUACUUUUGUACUUUUGGUGUGUUUGUUAAUGUUUGGCAUUUUAGUUUGUUUCUU